GGUGGUGGAUUCAGAUUGGGUACACAUUUAAGGAACCAAUGGGGCAGAGAAUGGGAGAAGAUGGAGAAAUCAUUCCAUGAAAUGAAGAAAAGGCCACUAGGUAAGCUUUGAUAGAUGACAGUUUUGGUAUGGAGUGAAUGUAGGAAAGUCAGGAUUUGGUAGAUGAAGGCCUGGAGUGGAUUGAAGGAUUCCUUCUGAGUGAAGCCCAGAAAGCAUUCUAUUUAGAAACAUAUGAAUGCCUUGUGUUUGGUUGCAGUGCUGCCUCUAAAAUCAAUUAGAUUUCAGGAUGGAGGUAGAGAUCCUGGUCUACUUGCAUAUUCUCUGUCAUGAGUUGAUGUCUUGAUGUCUGGAUGACGGAUCAUUCCUCAAUUCUGGGAGAAGAUGUCCAGUCUCCUCAGCAGGUGGAUGAACUCAUGGUUUGACAUGUGGAGAAGGUGGGCAAACCAUGGUUGAUGGGGGCACCAUGGAGUCACUAGAGUGCAUCCCUUCAGUUGGAAGAAUGGCCCGUGUCUUUGUCUAUGGAACCCUUAAGAAAGGCCAGCCAAACUAUCCACACAUGAUAAAUGGAGCUCAUGGGACAUCCAGAUUCCAGGGCAAGGGACUCACAGUGGAGAGAUACCCCCUGGUGAUUGCAGGGAAAUACAACAUUCCUUAUUUGCUGAACUACCCAGGAAAGGGGCACCGUGUCACUGGAGAGAUUUAUUCUGUUGAUGACCAGAUGUUGCAAUUCCUUGAUGAGUUUGAAGGUUGCCCGGACAUGUAUCAGCGUACCCCAGUGAGAAUUGAAGUAGUUGACUGGGAAGGGAAAAGCAGUGCCCCUGAAGGGAGACCAGCUGUUAACAGCAUUCUGGAAUGCUAUAUGUAUAGCACUGCUACUUAUCAGCCUGAGUGGAUAAAUCUCCCUUUCUAUGACGACUAUGAUUCCUCUGGGAAACACAGACUCCCGUACGUGCUACGGGAAAGCAGAGAGUAAAACUGGGAAAUGAAAGAUAACUUCCAGAACACAUGCAGGAACUGAAUAAAAUCUCUUGCAAUUUAUACUGAAAGGAGGCACUAGUAUUUCUGAUCAGCAUCCAGGUGAUUUCAAACAAUUGUUUUAGAGUGCAGUCAGGGUUACAAACCCUAACUUUCUAGCUAUGCGAGGAGAAUAACAGGUAUUUUGUUUUUUUUACUUUUUGAAACCACACUUCUUUAUUUAAAACUUGAUUAAGAAAACGUUUUUGUGCAAGGCAAAUUGUGCAUGACUACAAUUUUAGCAGUGUGCUAAGGAGAGAAAAAAGUAGCUCCCUCAGUAUAAACCAUUUUUUUGGUUACUGCGCAGUCUUCACUGAAGCCAGAAAAUUACUCUUUGAAGAAAUCCAUCAAUCAAACGCUGCUACCCAAGAAAGUUCACUAAUGGAAUUCAACCAGCAAAGAGGUCCCCUUAACAUCAAGAAUGAUCAGAGCACCAGCUUUUCAUGAUAUUAGACACUCUUCUAUUGUGGCAAACCUGACAUUGUCCUGCAGUGGCAAAUUCAAUCAAUGGCAUUACGUUGCCAAGAGUCACUGUCCCCAGUUACGCCACGGAAGCGCCAGAGAAAGUUGUGGCAUAUAAAUUGGUACCAAGGUGGUGGUAAGAAAAUGUGGUAUGGAGGGAGGUGGGAGUGUCUGUGGAGGGGGAGUUGUAUUUAACUUUCCCGUCCAAUGUCUUUUUACUGCUGCCUAACUGACUACAGGCAGUGAGUGCUUCCAAUUGGACUGCUCCUAUUGCUCCCAGUCAAAAAGCACGUUUAGCUUCUUUUGUCUUUACACAUUCCAUGGUGAUCGCACAACAAUGCCUCAUGUGGAAACACCCUGAACUGUUGGGUGUUGAUUAAGUGUCAGGUUUUUGAAUUGCACAUGAAUCAGCACCUUUCCACUUAGAGCCCAUGAUGUUGAAAGGGGGAAAAGGCAGAGAUCAGAGUAUUUCUUUCUGAUGAAAGAAAUACUGCCACAUGCACGCCCAAAUCUUUGACCCUGACGGAUUCCAUGUUCUGAGCUGAUUAUACUUUUAAAAGAAUUAGUACAUAGGUAAGGCCUUGUUAUACCACUGAAGUGCAAGGCAGUUCCUGAUAUGAUUAAACCCACAAUACUUCCCUUUUUUCCUUUGUAUAAUUAUUCUGUUCUUUAAGUUUGUAUAUAUGCAAUUCCUUGACUAUAUUUGUUCUACUUUCUUGCCUUUCUCAUCCCUCCUUAUCUGCAAUAUUCUGUUUGUUCAUUAUCUUCCUUUCUUAUUUUUCAAGUAAUACAUAAACUUUCA